AUGGCGGGAUCAGAUUUCGAACCAUUCAAGCUCGAGAUUGAGCGUCUAUACCUCCAUGAGAACAAACCAUUACCCUCCGUGAGGGAAUAUAUGGCGUCCAAAUACUCUUUGAUCAAGUCCCUAGGCCAGUACAGCCGCCAACUCAAGAAAUGGGGGUUUGUCAAGGGUCACAUCAAGGCCGAUGAUUGGAUUUGGAUGAGAAACAAGCUGAGAAAAAGAAAACUGAACGACAACAAGAAAAGCGAAUUCCACUUCGGUGGAAAGGAGGUUCACGUACCAAAGAUCAAGAAGGCAAAAUAUAGAGAGGCAUAUGUUUCGACCAUAGCCAAAUUCUCUACUGCUCCUUCCCCGAAAACUCCAGAAGGAAUCUUUGUUUGCACCCCAGCAUCGCCAGGAAUGAAUCUUGUAUGGAAUCAGCCACUCCCAUGGCUGCGCUUCAUCAAACUUGUGCGUCCCAUGGAGAAUGAAGAAGCACCAUCGCUGCCCUCGUCCCUGACUAUCUGUUCCCCUAAUGAUGCCAAUGCGCUCUCUAGCACCAUCAGCCACGAACUGAUGCAUCGUCUAAGGACAAUAAUACCCUGGAAUAAACUAUGUCACCCCCCAAAUAUACAUAGUAGCUCUCGAACCUCGGCGGCUUUGAGCAUACUCAUGCCAGAGGAGUUUCCGGGCCAGCACGAUGCUUUGUCGACGGACUUGACUAGCUAUACAAACAAGGCGAAAGAAUGCAUGGCCUUAGAGCUUUUUCUUCUAUCAAACAAUUUCACAUCGCAAGGUCCAGGGGGACGUACUGAGGAGAAUAUCAGAUCGGAUGACGAGCGGGUAAUGCAAAUAUUAAGCGAUUAUGGCUGGAAGGACUUGAAACAUAUCCAGAUCCUUUUAUCAAGCCAUGAGCCAACCGCCGAAGCUAUUGCAGAGAAGGUGUUUGCAAGUGCAUUGAGACUGCAUGACGUGAACACGGUGAAGAUGAUGCUCGAAGCCCACAUGAAUCCAAACAAUCCAUUGAUUGAGACAAUCUCCCACGGUAUCCUGACUCCUCUUCAAUUCAGUGCAGGAAGCCAUCAUGAACGCAGUGAGGAGCUCAUCGAUAUUCUUAUAUCACAUGGGGCGAAUGUGAAUGACUCGGGCAAUGACUACCCACCUCUGCAUUAUGCCAUCAACGAACAUAACAACAGAAUCAUCCGUGCUCUUAUGUUUCAUGAUGCUAUUGUAACGCCAGAUUGCCUUUGUACCGCCACACAUUUGAUGGAUAUCGAAGUUUUUACAGACCUCGCCAAUUCAUGUUCUGAUGUUAACGCACAUGGAACAAGAUGGGGGGAGCUCAGUGCUCUUGCCCAGGCUGUCAAACAUGGCAAUGUCCCGAUAAUUGAAAUUUUACUCGCCAAAGGUGCCAAUAUGAAUGUUCUGGUCAUUGUCGACUUCGAGGAGGACAUUGCGAUGACCACCAUCUUGGGCCUUGCAAGUAGCGUUGUGUCACAAUCCGUCGAUAUUAUACGUGCCUUGCUGCAGGGCUGCCAUGAGGUGAACCCCGACUUCGAUGACCUGCUUUAUGUUUCACCCGUUGUACUAGCGGUAGAAAUGGGAAGUGUCGAGAUCACUCGGGCUCUACUCCAAGCUGGGGUCAAUAUUAAGCAAGCCGAUGAGCAAGGGGAAAUGACACUUCUUGAACGUGCCACCAAAACCUACACUUCUUGGGGGGCCCUAGCGCUGUGCAAUGUCUCGUUAUGCAAAGUCUUGGUUGAAUAUGGAGCCCAAGUCGACAGACCAGUUUCUGCCCAGAAACAUAAGUCCUCGGCUCUUUUUCUCGCUCUUAAGCAACAGCCGGUAUCCCCCGAAAUUGUUAAGCUCUUGAUCAACGCAGGUGCACGCCUGAAUGAUGAAUACACCAAGUCCCCUUAUACUGUACUUGGAGCUGCCAUUCAAAAGGGCGAUCAAGUCUUGAUUGGCAGCCUCUUGGGUGCCGGAGCUACAGUUGUGGGAACCAAACUAGAUGGAAUUGGCAGUUUAGGUACUGCGAUAUACCUGCAGGGAAAUGGAGUUCUUCAAUACAUUCUGAAGAUAUCAGGCCCCAAAAUCCUUGCUGCUGCUUUACUUGCAGAAAAUUACCAUCUAGCUCGGUACUUGCUGGAACAUAAUGCUGAUCAUGAAAAUCAGAUUGAAAAUGAAGAUCCCACCCUCGUCGAUCAGACCCCAUUGGAAGCAGCAAUCGCGAUGCGUGAUUUUGUUUUCGCGGAAACCCUUCUAGAACGCGGUGCAAAGGUUACAGACGGUGUUCUUUCACAUGCUGUAUACACAGAUGCUGUGUUUCUGGAACACAUACUGCCCAGGUUCCGGGGAAGCGCCCCAUAUGCAGUAGGAAAUGCACUCAUUGGCAGUUUACCCUCCUUACAACUGCUUCAAUUGCUUCAAGAGGCAGGCGUGGACCCCACUGGUGUAACAGAAGAUUUUGGGGAAUUUGAAGCGGAAGAGUUUUACCUGCCGCCACCGGAGUCAGUACUCGAAUUAGCUGUGUGGGUAGAAAAAAGGGAGGAUUUGCAGUUCCUGCUCCAAUGGAUACCCUGGAGUCCAAUGCUGACCGGUCGCGCCUUGACAAUUGCGAUACUUUUGGAUCAGAAUGAACUCGCGGAGGAUAUACUGCGUUUUAAUCCUGAUCUGACAGAGGAAAUUACCAUCAGCUACCUCCUUGAGCACCCGCUUCAAGAUGAAGAAGUGCUAGAAACGUACAGUCCACUUGAAGCUGCAGUACAUAGACAAAUGAUCCCGAUCGCACGCGCAUUGAUGGGAAAGGUGAAUGUCAAUUAUCUUGGUUGUGAGGCUCGCCGUCGAACAGCAUUGCAAUAUGCCGUUGAAAAUGGAAACAUGGAGCUUAUCAACCUACUGAUUUCGGAGCACGGAGCUAGGAUUGAUGGCCCUGUUGCCACGAACGGCGGUGCUACUGCAUUGCAGAUCGCAUGCAGUAAAGGUUAUAUUGGUAUUGCAAGGAGGCUGCUUGACCUAGGAGCAGAUGUCAAUGAAGCCCCCGCAAAGUAUGAUGGACGUACGGCCUUACAAGGAGCUGCAGAGCACGGUCGAAUUGAUAUGCUACAAAUUCUGCUCGAAGAAGGAGCGGUGAUUGUCGGCGAAGGUGGACCGCAUUAUCUCAAGGCUGUUGAGCUUGCAGCGACCAAUGGGCACCAUGCUGCUGCAAGGAUGCUGAAGUCUUGGAGGGACACUGUUCAUUUGGAUCCCUCAGCGGUUUGA